AUGAAGACAUAUACUUUAUGGAAUAUUUUUUGUAACAUUUUAUUUAUCCUUUUUGGAAUAACUUACCAAAAUGAUGCACAUGUAUUUAGUAAAAAUGAGGAAAGCUCAUUUCCAUCUUCAGAAGAGAAUUCACAAAAUAGUAAUACACUUAAUUUAAAUACUACUAGUUUCUCAGAUAUAUAUAAUAUUUAUAAUAAUUCAGAAAAGAAUAUUAAUUUCAAUAAUAGGAAUAAAAAAAAGCCUUUUAGAAAUGCAUCAUUCAUAAAUAUAAAAAACGACAGACAAGAAAUAAGUAAUAAAGAUACUGCAUAUGAAAAUUUAAACGGAAAAACAAACAAUACAUUAAUAAAAUAUAAUAAUAAUGAUAAAAUUAUUAAGGAACAUUCAAAUAAUAAUAUUCAAUCAUUUAUUGAUAAGAAAGACAUUGUGUGGGAAAACAGAAGUAUUUUAGAUUAUAUGGAUAUAAUAAAUGAUAGUGAUGAUAAGAUUUUCUCAAUUGAAUCGUAUUUACGUGAGUUACAAGCAUGUAAAGAAGCUAUUCUAUAUAUAACAUUUUAUAGCUUAGCAAGGAAAGAAAUUUAUGAACCAGUUCAACGUAAUAUUAAUAGUUUCUAUAAGUUCAUGGAGAAGAACGAAGAUACAUGCUUAGCAGGAUCAAAAAAUAGAUUCAACUUUUUAGUUUAUAGUUUAGAAAAUGCUGCAAAAUUUAAUUAUAACAAGUUGCAAUAUGAAAAUCACUUGAAUGAAUACAAAUCAAUAAAAGAUAAAUUUUUUCAUUGUAUAGAUGAUAAAAAUUAUGAUAUUAGAAAUAAAAUAACUGAAAUAAAAAAAGGAGUUGAACAUGUACUUAGGGAAUCAAUUACAAAUGACCGUCGAUAUCACAUGGAAAGAUAUCAAAUAAAUAUAAACCUUUAUAUAACCAACUUAAAACAAAUUUCACCUAUAUCUAAUAAUACAACUAUAAAAAAAGCCCAAGAUCUCAUAAAAGAAAGUGAAAGAACUAUUCAGGCUGUAAAAAAGGAACUUGGAGAAGAUAAUAAUAUAUAUUCCAUUGAAUUUGUACAAGAUGAAUUAAGAGAUAUUGUCAAAAGAUAUACUUUUCAUUUUCAACAAAUUGAUAAAGGAAAAACAGAAAUGGAGAAAUUUGUAAAAGAAGCUGCUGACAGAAAUUUAAAAAAAGAUGCAUAUGCUCGAAAAGUAAUGGAAUCUACUAAUAUUUUUUCUUACUAUAAAUAUAGUAAUAGUGUUAUAAGUACGUUGAAUUCAUUGUUUAAUAAAUAUGAAAAGACACUAAAUAAUUUGUAUAACAACGUUUAUAUAACUUUAGAAAAUAAAAUUGAAUCCAAAUUAAAUUUCAAUAAUUUCGACAAAAAAUAUAAACCUAUAGUUGCAGAAACCGAAAAAUUAACGAAAUAUGUUUCUGAUUUAGUUAAAGUAUAUAAAAAAAUAAACAUUGUGUCUAGUGGACCACAAAAUAGAGAACUUAUAAAAGCUCAGACGUCAUAUAAUAAUCAAAUUAGUUCAUUAGAAUCUUGUAAUAAACAAUUAGAUGCUUCAUUAAAAGCAAUGAAGGAUGCUCAAAAUUCAAUUCAAUCUGCUAAAUCUUAUUUGGACAAUAUAAAGAGAUCAUUAGGUAGAAAGAAAUUCAUUGAAAAAACAGAAGGACUUUUAAAAUCAAUGGAAAAUAUAAAAAAUAAAGAAAAAGGAUUAAAUGAAAAAUAUAAAAUUAUUGAUCAGAAAUAUUCAACUGUUCCAUCUUUAAGAACUAAUAUUGUUAAAGCUGUUGUAUAUAUACAUAAUUAUAUUUACGAUAGAAUGAGAAUAAAAGAGGAUGAAGCUUUCAGAAAACGUAUUCAAAGAGACACGACUAAUUUUCUUGAAUAUAUAGAAAAACAUGCAAACUAUAUUAAACAUAUAAUUAACAUAAAUAAUAUCAUAACAAAAACAGUGGCAGAUAUUGAUGCAAUUAAUAAUCAUAAAUUAAUUGACGUAACGGAACAUAUGAAAAAGAAAGAAGAAAUACACAACAAGGUGAAAUCUGAACUUAAUAAUCUUUUUAAGGACCCAUUAAAUAAAGUAAAUUCAGAUUUCCAAGACAUUUUAAAAUAUAAAGCUACUGUUAAUAAAAAAAAAAAUUUAAAUGACGAAAUAAAUAUAUUAGAUUAUAUAAAAGAUAAAUACGAUAGUAUAAUUAAAAUUAAAACAGAAAAUAUUAUAAAUAUUAUAAAAAUUUUGGAAAAAUCAAUGGCUGAUCUUUUAAUAAUUAAUGAUGAUAUUAUAGGAAAGUGCUUAUACUAUCUCAGCACAGUUUUAUCACAUAACUCAGAUCAUUAUGAUAAAUUAUUAUUAGAUCUAAAACAUAGUAUAGAUGAAUAUGAGGAUGAAAUUGAAGAUAUGAAAAUAUACAAAAAUAUUGUUAUGAAGGUUGAAAAUGAAUAUUUUUAUAGUUUAUAUGAUAAUGAUCAGUAUUUUUUACCAGUAAAAGAUACUGAAAUGCAAUUGUUACAAUAUGAAGAUAUUAUGACUAAGAUAAAAGAUAAAGUAAGCUAUAAUAUUCGUAUAGUAAAAGAUUAUAUGAAAACAUAUGAAAAUAAGGUUAAAUUGCAAAAAGAUCUAGAAAAUAAACUAAAAAAUAAUAUUAAAACAAAAAAACAACAAAAAGUUUCUUUUAUACAAGUAAGUACUCCACGAUAUGAUGAUAAAUCAGUUAAAGAUUAUGAAGAACAAUUUAAUAAAAAUAAUAAAUUAGUUUCAGAAAUAAAAAAUGAUAUUUUAUUAUUCACUGGACAAAUAGAUAUUCUAAAAUGUUUAAAUACAUCUAUAUACGGUUCAAAUGUGAAUGUUAAAUUAAUUGAUGAAUCCGACAAAGUGAAAGAAGAAUUAAAAACUAAAUUAAGGGAACAUAGAUAUAUAGUAGAUGAUGAUAAGGUAAUUGAUUCUGAGAAAAAGAAAAAUUACAUACAAAAUAUAGAUACUAAUAUAGAACAAGUAGAUAAAAUAAAUAUAGAUAAAGAAAAAUUGAAAGAAAUAAAAGGUGAAGCUGAUAAGCUUUUAUAUGAAUAUUUAGGAGUUAAAACAGAUUUACAUAAUCGGAAGGCUCUGGAUGUUAAAUCCAUAAAAGAAAAAAAAGACAAAUGGAAAGAUGUUAGAGCCAAAAUUGAUAAUAUUUACGUAGAAUAUAUAGCAUUAAAUAAGAGUACUGAUGAAAUGAUUGAAACACAAUUUAAUGAAAUAUUAGAAAUAUAUAAUAAAAUCAUACAAGAUAAAAGUAAAUAUAUAAAUGAGAAAAUAAAUACUUAUUUAGAGAAAUCAAACAAAAUGUUAGAUAAAUUAAAAACUGUUAAUCCUCAACUAGACGUUGUAAAAUAUGAUAAUACUGAAUACAAAUCAAAUGUUGAAAAUUUAAAAAAUAAAGUUAUAGAUUUAGAGAAAAAAAUUAAUGACAACAAAACUCCUAUAGAAAAAAUUAUGGCAGCAUCGAAUGAAUGUUCAAGAAAAGGUUUCGUAGAAAAAGAUAGAACAAACAGAUCAUUUCCCCACAAAAGAACAGUUUUGACAAAUAUCAGAGAUGAAAUAAAAAAAAUAGAAGAUGAUGUUAACAAACCUAAUGAAGAUGAAAGAAUCACAAAGGUUAUUAAUGAUGUUGAACUGGAAUAUGAACAACUUUUCGUAGAUUAUAUUAAUGAACAAAUAAAAAGCGAACAUAAACUAUCUAAGGACUUAGUAAAAGAAUUAAGGUUAUUUAAUAUUAAAAUAGAGGAUCCCGAUAUAGAGGAAGUUAUAUUACAGGGUCAAUCAUAUAAUCUAGAAAAUUCAGAUUAUCAGGAUUAUUACAA